GUGUGUCGUGUCUCCUCUCAGGUCAGCAGGAUGUCCAUUGAUUUUGACAGUGCUGCUUUACAGACCCAGCAGGAGGAAGAGGAGUAUGAUCAGGAAGACUACGCCAGAGAACAAGAGCUCCACAAGCUCCUGACUGAUCUCCCUGAUGAUAUGCUGGAUGACAGUGGUGACUGCUCCUCACCUGAGCUCCACCGCUCCACCUGCAGUCUUCCAGGAGACAACAACAGGUAAACGCAAGCCUGGAAUGUGCCACAAUGGGAGCAUCCAAGACCUUCCCAUGAGGAACACUAUGAAGAGCACGAUCAAGGCUCUCUUCAUGAGGACUACAGUUAUAGGAGUCACACGUCUCAGACCAACAGUCACCCUCAUCACCUCCAGGCCGGGACAGAACAUUUACCCACCGGCUGGGACCCGCAGAACGGACAGAACUACCAGUACCAGAGAGGAGACUAUGCACACUCAUCCGCAGGCACGGACGAGUCCCACGCCACCGACUUCUCCACUGGGGACGGGCCGGAGCAGGACACGUACACUCAUAACGCUCUUCAUCACGGGGCAGUUUACCAGGGAGACGAGGCCCAGGGCCAUGGAGAGCAUAACCUCAUCAGAAACCGCUUUGAGGUUUUUGAUAAUGGAGGAGCUGGGAACAAACCCACUGACCACUACAAGACCAGUUACCACCCACAUCAACCUCCAAAUCAGCCGAAGAUGUUCAAUCCUCAAGUGAGCAGUGAGAAUGGCCACUUUGACCAGCUUCAGAGGGACUUCCUGGACUCAACACAGAAUACAUCAGAGGGUCAGCAGCUGUCGCAGCUACAGAUUUUAAACCGAGCUCAGUCCAGACAGAUCGAGGAGCUGGAACAGAAACUAGAGGACUGCAGGAGGAGGAUGAGAUAUCUGGAGCACCAGUUCGCCAUCGUCAAAGAUGAGAAGGACGGACUGACGGUAUCACUGAGGGAGUCCAGCGCUCUGGUAGGGGAGGCGAAAGAGAGAGAAGCUCAGCUGCAGGGGAGAAUCAGAUCUCUGGAGAAACAGAUUCAGUCUCUCACAGACAGAGAGCAAGAGAGCGUAAAGCAGCAGCGUGUGGCCGAGGCUGCGAUGGACAGCAUGAAGCAGCAGAUGAUGGAGCUGUGUCGCUCGGACACUCUCACGCGAGCACGUGAGCAGCACGAUAGGGACACGGCCGCCAUCCGGGAGCAGUCUGAAGCCAGACUGCUCACACUUCAGCAGAAACUAGACGCCCAAUCACAGAGUCUGAAUGAGCAGGCUGAGGCAGGCCAGCGUUUGCUGGAUCAGGUCCGGCAGCUGGAGCGUCAGAGGGAAGAGGAUCAGGUGGACAGAGCCUCUGUCAUCAACACCCUCACACAGCGCCUGGAGGAGAGCCAGCAGCAGUGUGCCAAACUACUCCACACUGGCUCUGUACAGGAGAUGAGCCAGUUACAGAUGAAGCUUCAGCAGACCCAGUCUGCUCGCACCAUCAGUGAAGACAUCAACAAAACCCUGCAGGAGGAGUUGACUGACCUGAAGGAGCAGAUCAAUCUCUAUGAGUCUGCCAUUAAACAUGGAGCCCUUUCAUUAGAGUCUAAUAGAGACUGGGACAACCAUCUGUCUGAGUCCUACAUGGACCUGGGGAUCAAGAAGUCCAAGUGGAGAAAUGGACUCAUCCACAGCACACCUCAGAUUGCAGAAGCAGGAGACCCCAACCUGCUGAAGGAGGACGUGGUGCGAGAGCUGAGGAGCGAGCUGCAGCGCUGCCUCGGUCACCUGAAGACCAAGCGCCUGAAGAUCGCUGAGCUGCAGGAGGAGCUGCGACGCUCCCAGAGCAGAGCACAGCAGACACAGAUAGAGCAGGCCGAGAGGAUCGCACGAGACUCUGAGGUGAGGGAGAGCAGCUUGGAGAAACACCUGGAAACCCCUCACAAAGACCUCAUCAGACUGCAGGAGGAGCGGGCCGCCCUGCAGGAGAGAGUGGAGGCUCUGGAGAAGAGGAAUCAGGAUCUGAAGCAGAGUGAAGAGAAGGUGAAGGCCGCCAACUCUGAGCUCUGCACCAAGAUGAGAGAGAUGAUCCAGGAGCUGGACCAGGAGAAACAGGAAGCAGAAGAGAGAUACGAGCGGACUCAGCAGCAGUACAGGGAUGAUGUGGUGCAUCGUGUCCGUGAGGAGCUCAUGCAAGAGCACACGGCUCACAUCGAGCAGCUCGCCAGCCAGCAUCUGCAGCACAUCCAACAGCUCCAGUCAAAGCUGACUGAUCUCAGUCAGGAGGUGUUAGCUGUGCAGGAAUGCUACAUAUCUGUUUGCAAAGAGAAGGACAAGCUGGAGGAAAAUCUCCAAAACAAGCUUGAAGAAGAGAAGAGAUUGAAAGAAAUUGAGAGUGCGGGUGCUCUGGAGUCACUGAGGUCUGAGCUGGAGUGUCAGCAUCGGGAGGACGUGUCUCGGCUCAAAGCCCAGUGGAGGACACACACACAGGCUGAGAUUGAGCUGCAGGUCAGAGAGCAGCUGGAAGCCCUCAGGAAGAGCUGGCUGCAGGAGCAGGAGACGUUGGAGAAGUCCUGGGCUCAGAGGUUACAGGAAGCUGAGGAAGAGGUCCGGAAGGCCGGGCAGUCAGACACCCGUGAGGGAGCGUGUCAGACCGGCUCGUCUGAGUCGGCGGGGCAGCUGAUUUCAGCGGAGGACCUGGAGCUCCGGCUCAGAGCUCAGAGAGAGAGCCUGCAGCAGGAGGCCUCGUCCGCCCAGGCCAGAGCCGUGGAGGAAGCAGUACGACACGCUGAGAGAGAGCUGCAGCAGAAGCACACUGAUGACAUAGCGCUCCAGGUUGAAGGUGCGAUAUCAAGGGCUCGUUCUCGAUGGCUCCAGGACUUGACAUCCCUCCCAGAAUACAAAAGCAGCUUGCAGACGGAGAAGGAUGAAUGGGAGCGACUACAACAGCAGCAUGUCCAGGAACAGGUGUCUUCAGCUGUCAAGGCAGUGGAGGAAAGGUGGCAGGACACGCUCCGCACCAGAUGCACCGAGCUGGAGCAGUGUAACCGGAGAAACGGGGAGCUCCAGGAGGAAGUGCUUACCCUCUGCACCCGACUGGAGCGCUCAUGCCAGGAGCAGGCCGCCCUCAUCAAAGCAGAGCUGGCUGCAGCCCGAGACGUUUGGAUGGAGGACAAGCAGGAGGAGAUGUCCCGCCUCAGGGCGCAGCUCCAGAGAGAGCAGAACCUGGAGCAAACUGACACAGAGCUACAGAAAACCCUCAGGGAAAAGGAGCAGGAGUGGAGGGCUCAACAAGAGAUCAGACUGCAGGAGGAGAGGCAGCGGGUGCUGGAGGAUCUGAAGGAGGUGCUGCAGGAGGGAGUGAAGAGGAGAGCCAGUCCAGAUGAACACGAGCUCAGCAGUGUGCCAGGAACCGUUCGGUCCAGAGUCUGGGAGAUCUGCAGAGAAUCACUCACUCAAGCCAUCAACCAAGCCAAGCAGGAGUGGAAGAAGAGCAGCGAAGACAAGCUGAGACGUGUGCUGAAGGAAAAGCGUGAGCGUCACGAGGCAGAGAUCGCAGGUCUAACGGCCCAGAGGAAGCAGGGGGAAUGCACUGAGCCUCUGGCCAAACUCCAGAAGAAGAAUCAAGAGCUCCAGAGACAUCUAGAAAAGGCCUGCCGCCAGCUCCAGAAGACCGUUCGAGAGCACAAGAGCACCCUGCAGAAGAUGAAAGAUGAACAUAAGGCAGCCCUGCAGAAGGAGCAGCAAGCCCUUGAGGAACUGAAACAAACCUCAAAUGCAGAAGCACAUUCAAGCUGUUCAAUCAGCCAGCAGAAUCUUCAAGCAGGACUUGAGGAAAUGAAGGAGCAAUACAUGAAAGCAGUGGAGAAAAUCAAAGGCGACAUGCUGCGUUACCUGCAGGAGAGUAAAGAGCGGGCGGCAGAGCUGAUCAGGACUGAGGUCCUGAGGGAAAGGCAGGACACGGCCCGACGGAUGCGCAGGUACUACCUCACCUGCCUGCAGGAGCUGCUGGACGACGGAGGCCAGGCCGCGGGAGCAGAGAAGAAAAUCAUAAAUGCUGCUAGCAAACUGGCCGCCAUGGCCAAAGUCCUCGAGACCCCGGUGUCCAAACGCAAGCUUUCAAGAACACAGAACUCUCAAGGUGGAUCAGACAAGACAGACAUUGGCUCUCCUGCUAAAGUGCUGGGUGCUGCGUUACACGGAGCUGAAGCCCACAAGGAUGGUAAGGACAAUCGGAUCCAUCAGAUCUACUGCCUAACGGACACAAAUUAUACAUCCAUGACGGCUAAACAGACCGGUAUCAAACCUAAAGGCUUUGAACCAGAUUCCCUGAAGUCUGCAGUGACCUGUGGAUCUAAAGACCCUCUUACGCUUGGUCAGGUAACUCAGAAACACACACACUUUCAUGAUAGUGUUUUUAACAGCUAUGUCAGGACCCCUAAUAUCACACUGAGAAAGCAGAGCAGGGAAAUGCUCAUGGAGGGCUUUGAGUCCGGAAGAGCAGAACCAUCAGCCUGUCAAUCAUUCCUGAUUGAAGAAGCGCCUGUUCGGGAUGAUGGACAGAGUGACUGGAGUUUAACCAGUCACGGCUCCAACUUUAUGAACAACAUUCACCUGACGUCCUCCUAUCCUGAGCCUGGGAAGCCUUUCUCAUUGAACGGCCCGUCCUUGGCUGGUUUGGACUUUGGAAGCUCCAUCGGUGAUAACUCUCAUGUUACGAUAUACAAAGAGAUUGUUCAACCUCCGUCUUACUCUAAACCCAGCGUGUGUGUGGACAGAAGAACAAAUAAACACAGAGAGCCAAUCCCUGGAUCUGAGGGACAUGGUGUCUGGAAAAUGCGUCCGAAGAGCUUAUUUUCAGAGUUGAAAGUGCGUCAGCAGGACAGUGGGUUCGACAGCCCGUUGGCACUGCUUCAGGAAUGAAAUUCCGAUUUGUUUUGUGCCUGUGCAAAUAUUCUUUGUAUAUAAAAGAGUUG